GAAGCGGAAGCUGGGGCGGUGCUGAAGGAGGAAUCGCGCUCUGGACUGCUGGUCUGGUUGAGACUGGGGUCGGCGCCUCUAACCCGGCGGAGGGCUGGACCGAAUGAGCACCGGAGGGGAAGAGGCGUGGGCCAAGGGUAUCCUAGGCCGGCUUCUGUGGAAUCCUGUUUCCUUCCCUGAGCCCUCAGGCUGCUUUCUCAGCUCAGCGUUAAAGCCGGCUCUCUUCACCUUCCAGAACCUUUGGCUUAGUGUUGGAGGUGCUGCUGUCUCAGAUUGAGGCACGGUGCACAGAACUACUUUAAUCCAGCGGGUGGCGGCAAAGGGCGCUGGUCUGUCUGUAUCCUGCAGUACACGGAGCAGCUCCCACAACAAAGAGCAAUAGCGCCUAAGGGGGAAACCGUUUAAAUUUCUGAAGUUCUGGAUGGACGCAGUAUAUACUGUUUACAGUUCAGCAGAGUCACUUUUAGGUCUUUUAAGUCACAAAGGCGUGUUUACAGCAUCAAGUUAUCGUACACUCUUCUGUCAGAUGAGUUGAGUAACAAAUGGACACAGCAGUUCAGCUGCUGUCCCCUAUUUUGAGCAUACUUGAAUAGACAAGAAAAGCAUUUGUCAAACUCAGAUUUGUGUUGAAUCGGUCACAGUGUCCACCUGCCCUCUUUGAUCUAUGGAUUUCAUGUAACCAGCUGGAUCCCAACUGAUACCAAGUGAGAGAAACUACACAUACAUGACUGCAGAUUGGGUCCAUGAUGGGAGAAGAAAGGAGACAUGCUCUACCUGUAGAGGGCACAGGAGGAAGUUCUCCCACAGCAGCCUGAGUCAAGUUUAAUGGGAAAAUCAGUGCUACUUGUUUCCUGUGGCUGCUGCCUCAAAUGACCACAAACAGUAGAAUCAGAUAAUGUGGAAACAUGGAUUUAUUCUCUUGUAGUUUUGGAGCUCAGAAUUUAGUGCUGCCCUGGGUGCCUGUGGGAGUCAAAGGAGGUGUUUCCUAAUCUACCCACUGCCCUAUGUUCAGGAGCUCUGCUGUUGGAGUCAGGAUGACAGCCACUGUCCUACCUCCCACAUAUAUUCAGUCCUCCCUGUACCCAGUGUCUCCUCAGAAAGGAUUCACAGGAAAAGAAAGACUAUCCAGUGAAGUCUUCAAAAACUUGUUAAAGGACCUGGUGACCUUUGAGGAUGUCACUGUGCAGUUUACACAGGAAGAGUGGAUGUUGCUGGACCCUUUACAAAGAACUCUGUACAGGAAGGUAAUGCUGGAAAACUGGAGGAACCUGGCCUCACUUGGGCACCUUGUUGAUAAACCCAAUCUAAUAUCCCAGUUGGAACAAGAAGACAAGGCUAUGACAGAGGAGAGAGGAAUUCUCCCAGGCAUCUGUCCAGAUUUGGAGACUAUACUUAAAGUUAAAUGGCUAACUCCUAAAAAACAUAUCUUUAGAAAUGAACAGGAUGAAGGAGGAAAAACGGAAAGAAGUCAUCGUGGGAUGAAAAUCAAUGAAUGCAGUCAGUGUUUUAAAGUCUUCAGCACAAAAUCUAACCUUACUCAGCACAAGAGGAUUCAUACUGGAGAAAAACCCUAUGACUGUAGUCAAUGUGGAAAAUCCUUCAGCAGCAGAUCUUACCUUACUAUACAUAGGAGAAUUCAUAACGGGGAGAAACCAUAUGAAUGCAAUCACUGUGGGAAAGCUUUUAGUGAUCCCUCAUCCCUCAGACUUCAUGUAAGAAUUCACACUGGGGAAAAGCCCUAUGAAUGUAACCAGUGUUUUCAUGUCUUCCGUACCAGCUGUAACCUGAAAAGCCACAAGAGAAUCCAUACGGGAGAGAAUCACCAUGAAUGUACUCAAUGUGGAAAGGCCUUCAGUACAAGAUCCUCCCUCACAGGACAUAAUAGCAUUCAUACUGGGGAAAAACCAUAUGAGUGCCAUGAUUGUGGGAAAACCUUCAGGAAGAGCUCAUAUCUAACACAGCACUUAAGAACGCACACAGGAGAGAAGCCUUAUGAAUGUAAUGAGUGUGGGAAGUCCUUCAGCAGCAGCUUUUCUCUAACUGUGCAUAAAAGAAUACAUACAGGUGAAAAACCCUAUGAAUGCAGUGACUGUGGGAAAGCCUUUAAUAAUCUCUCAGCUGUUAAGAAGCACUUAAGGACUCACACUGGAGAAAAACCCUAUGAAUGUAACCACUGUGGAAAAUCUUUCACCAGUAACUCUUACCUCUCUGUGCACAAAAGAAUGCAUAACAGGUGGAUAUGACUUAACCUUGAGAAAAUACUGUGAAAAUAUAUGGGAAGGCACUUGCUGUCCCUAAGAUAACUUGAGAGAACUUACACCAUUUGUUCGUAUUAUCUAUUGCUGUAUAAUAAAUCAUCUCCUAAAGCUUGUGGCUUCAAACAAGAAAUGUUUAUCUCGCACUUUACAGGUCACUAAGUACUUUUGCAGCUCUGUAGUGCUUCCUAAGGAUUUCUCAGAAGGCUACACUCAGGACAUUAGACAGAGCUCCAGUCUUCUCAAGUUGUUACUGAUGAAGGAACCACUUAUAAGAUGGCUCACUCAUGUGCCUAGGAGUUUAUACUGGUUGUUGACAGGAGACCUUCAGUUCUUCACUGUGUAGGCCUCUAAUAGGACUAAGUAUUUUCCCAAUAUGGCACAGCCCCCAAAAGCAAGUGAUCCAAGGGAAGCCAGUGGAAAAAAAUGUAGUUUCUUUUAAUGACUUUGCCUCAGAAGGAUGUAUUUUCACGUCUCUAUUGUACCAGUCAUAGACCAGUUGUAAUACAAUGUGGGAGAAAAUUGCAUAAGAUAGAGGACUGGGAGGCAGCUCAUUGUGAAUUGUCUGCAAAAUUUGCCAUGAAGUUAAUGAAGAGACGCUUUCAGUAGACCUUCAUCAUUUUAAUCAGUAUGAAACAACAUUCAGUAAAUUAAUCCCUGCAGAGAAAUCUAUGUGAUAAAGUUUUUGGUUCACUCAUUGUAAUGUGCCCCAAAGAUCAAUUAUUAGGGAAAACUUGGUAAAUGGAAUCCAGAUUAGCAAGCCUUCAGUGAUGCCAGUUCUUUCAGUAACGUGUGGAAUCAGAACUGAGGACCACUCAGGAAAGAAUUUCAGAAAACCGUGCAGCACAGUUGUUCACAUAAUCACCUAUAAGAUUGUGAAGUUCUCAGUCUGUGGUGAUAAUGACAAAUCCUUUUUUAAAGAGAUGUGAGAAAGUAUUCCGUUAAGCCCCCUUGAAUGCCAUAGACAUUAGAGCCUUCAAGGAUGCCUCUGAUGUUAAGAAAAAUAUUUACUGUGAUUCCUCUCUUAAGCACACAAAGAGACAUCUUAGGAAAGGAAAGGAGUCUGUGCAAAUGCUUCAACAUCAGCUCUCAGCUGAGUGACUAUGUAGUAAUUUAUAUUGGGAACGAAAAGUAUGAAUAUGGAGUUAAAUCUACCAACAUGUUAUUGGACUACUAGUUUAUUGACGUUCAACCUUUGUUUUUUUGUAAAUGUGUGUGUGUUAUCUGUUCUCCCUCAAAAAAAAAAAAAAGAAAAAAAA